CAUCACUACACCGACACGGAUCCUAGUCCUAGAGCGGGUCUAGACGGGCUACACGCUUUGUGAAAUGAGUACGGCUUCCGUGAUCACAUAAAAGCGAACGUUGGCCGCGGAGAAGGACUUGGUGGUGACGAGCUGCUCACAGAACAGCAUCGUUGUUCAAGCGGAGCUAUUCUGAAACAACCAAGGACCGCGACACGGCUCGGCAUGGUAGCGUCACAAUGAAGUCUUCAGUCAAAUCGAAGCACAUCCCGCGCGCCAUCCUUUACGCUCUGAUCAUAGUCACUCUGUUUGCAGUUGAUCCGAGCGUAUCCUGGAGGCGCCGACGGCGGAGGCGGUGCACCACGAACAACUGGGGAGGUUGGAGUCGGUGCUCAGUAACAUGUGGAGCGGGAACACAGAAAAGAAAACGCACCACCAACUGUGGUGGAACCGCCACUGAAGGAAACCGUCAGUGUUCCCCGUUCGUUUUCUGUCCUGUUGACUGUCAAGUCAACGCGUGGAAGAAUGUGGGAAGCUGCACGAAGACGUGUGGAGGUGGUGCUAUACUGCAGACAAGGACUACCAAACAGAAACCAUUUUUCGGUGGAAAGGCAUGUCCUGUGUUGCAUCAGUUAGCAAACUGCGCAGUAAGCCCCUGUCCUGUGAGAUGCGUCUACAAUUUGUGGGCAGCGUGGAGCACAUGCCCUGGUUGCGGAGGAGGAACACAGCAGACGCGCACGCGCACCGUGACCUUGGCCACUCUUGGUUCAUCAUGCACCAGCACAUCGCAGUCGCGCAACGAUUACUGCAGGAAGUCAUGCUGCGCUCAAAAUUGCAUAAUGAGCAGCUGGACCAAUUACGGCUCUUGCUCUGUGUCCUGUGGCUAUGGGAUAAAGUGGCGAUAUCGAUCCGUUGUACGUAAAGCAGCUUGCGGUGGGACAGCUUGUCCUAAGUUACUGUCUUGGCACACAUCAUGUAGGGCGAAGCCAAAGCUGGAUUGCAAGGUGAAUAGCUGGGGAGGUUGGACUGUGAAACCCUGUAAGCCAUGCCUUGCAGGCGAUCAAUAUCGCUACCGCUCAGUUGUUAGUCAUCCUCAAUGCGGUGGCACGCCGUGCCCUGUUCUCACCGACAGCCGAAGUGCAAUAUGUCCAACGUGCUGCCCAAAGAGCUGCACGUGGAGUGCGUUCAACUCCUGGUCUACCUGCUCCAGCACAUGUGGUACAGGCCGGCGAUAUCGGUACCGCUCUCUCUUGUCAAAGGCGUCUUGCGGCGGAAGUUGCACAGGCUCGUCGCAAGACAUCCAGGGCUGUAAGCAGUUCAAGAACCAAGACUGCAAAGUGUCAGACUGGACUCUAUUCACGCCAUGCACCAGUGUGUGCGGCCUCGGCAAGAAAACUCGCACACGGGCGGUGAUUGUUCAACAGGCGUGUAAUGGUAGAGCCUGUCCACCCACUUCGGAUACACAGCCAUGCACCGUUUAUCAAGACAGAGACUGCAAGGUGAGUCUGUGGGGAAAGUGGACAGCCUGCAGUUCACCAUGUGCGGUUGGCUUGCAAUUUCGCUACCGCAAGGUCACCCAGGCUGAACAGUGCAGAGGUCAAUGCAAAGAUGCUCUGUCGGAAAGCCGUCCCUGUGGCACUGCGAACGGCGGAUGCGAUCAGGUUUGCAAGAGUGGCGUCUGUUCGUGUUCAAGUGGCUAUGUGCUAAGCUCUGAUCGGACGACGUGUGUCGCAAGAUCGUGCGGUUCGCCGAAGAUGUCGUCGUAUUGUGCCCCAGGCAUGCAGUGUAUCAAAUGUACACCAAAGUGCACAGGUACAUUCUAUGGAUCUAGCUGCACACUAUUAUGUCCAAGUGGCUACACAGUGAAGGGAGGCUCAGCAACUACCCUCUGCCAGGCCACUGGUGUGUGGACAGACCACAGCACCACGCACUGUCAGCGCAACAACAUGCGGCCAACACAGAUCAAACUCUUACCAUCAUCACUGAAAGAGAAUUCACCGCGUGGCACUAAAAUUGGUUCAUUCACAACAGCUGAUCCAAACCCACGCGAUUCUCACCGGUAUACAUUGACAGACACAGCGGGUGCUAGGUUUGUCAUUGCUAAUGGCAAUGAACUUCGUUCGACAUUUGUUCCCAAUUUUGAAACGCAGCCACAGUCAUAUUCAAUCACUGUGAAGAGCACGGACUCUGGUGGAUUGUCUGUGUCACAGACAAUACCCAUCACGAUCAAUGAUAUCAACGAAAAGCCUACCAAGUGCUCGUUGUCUUCCAACACGAUGAGGGAAAACCCGUAUUUGAACACAGUCAUAGGCAAGCUAGCCACGGUUGACCCAGACUAUGGGCAGACAUUCACCUACUCACUCCUGGACUCUGCUGGAGGAAAAUUUAAAUUAUCAGGCAACACACUUCAAGUUGCACAGUCCAACGCACGUUGUCUCAGUGAAGGCGGCAGCAAGUGUAUCUUCAACUACGAGUCCUCCACCAACAACAGGUUCUCAAUCACUGUCAGAACAACGGACAGUGGCCGACCACCUCUGUACCAUGAUUGUACACUGAGUGUGCUAGUUACUGGCAAUGUCAAUGACCAGCCGAGGAACCUGACAUUAUCUGGAUACACCAUACUGGAAGGCAAACCAGCUGGAACAACUGUUGGUGUUUUAUCAAGUGAUGAUGAAGACGUAGGCCAGGUGAUCACCUACACUCUCACCAAUAACGCUGGUGGUGCGUUCACGAUCACCGGCAACCGGCUCGUCUCCCGCAAGCCACUGGUGUUUGCUUCCAAAGGCAUUUACAAAAUCACCGUGCGAGCCACUGACAGUGGAUCACCCAAACUGUUUGUCGAGAAACCGUUCACUGUAACGGUCAAGGAUGGGGUUGAGCCACCCAUUCAACUCCAACUCACAUCAUCAGGCGGCCAGGUGUCCUUUCCAGUGAACAGGCCAACCAUUUGGGAAAAUGUUGUCAAGAACACUGUUCUUGGAACCGUCACAGCUGAUGACCCCGACGCUAAAUCCACAAUCAAGUUUAGCUUGGAUAACGAUGCCGGUGGUCGCUUCUCCCUAGGGCAGCAGACCAGUGUGUGCACAUCAAUCUCUGGCGUGUUGGGAGCUGCGAAAACAAGAUGUUCUGCCACGAUAAUGGUGUCUGGUAUACUGGACCAUGAACAAGACGCUUUGCACACCAUUGUUGUCAGGGCGACCGACAACAAUGGCCUUUUCAUCGUCAGAAAAUUCUCCGUCAAGGUCCAGGACGUAAACGAUGUGCCAACGGAUAUCUCAGUUGCUGGCGGAGUUUUGCAGGUCAAGGAAAACCUGAACAAUGCUGUUAUCGCGACAUUCAGCACGUCAGACCAGGAUCCAGCUCACACACAUACAUAUUCAUUGACUGUCAACCCAGGUUCAAAAUUCAAGUUUGUGGGAAAUCGCCUGAUGACAACUGCCUCUGCUAACUUAGAUUAUGAAAAGAAAAAGAUUUAUGCGGUGGUGGUACGCAGUACAGAUUCUGGCAAGCCGGCUCAGUAUGUUGAGAAGUCGUUCGUAAUUCGUGUAGAGGAUGUGAAUGAAGUACCUACAGCAGUCUCUCUUAGCACGAACAAAGUCGAUGAGAAUGCAGCACUGAACACUCCUAUUGGUACACUGAGCACAUUGGACCCAGACAACUCGCCAACCCAUCGGCAGACAUUCACAUACAUCUUGCUGGACAGUGCUGGAGGUCGAUUCAUGCUGUCUGGAAGCUCUCUUGUGGUUGGAGCGUCCAACAUCAAGUGCUUGAAGAACGGCAGAUCAUACUGUCAGCUGAAUUUUGAAUCAUCUUCCAGUUUUAGUGUCACAGUUAAAGUUACCGACAGUGGAUCACCUCCGCUCAGUGCAACUUUCCCGCUUACCAUACAACUAAACGAUAUCAAUGAUCAGCCAAGGCAACUUACCAUAGACAAUACCAUUAUCAAAGAGAAUGCCCCUAUCAACACAGUGCUGGGAGUUAUGUCGUGCACAGAUGAAGACCGCGGGCAAACUCAUCGUUUCCAGCUGAUCAAUGAUGAUAACGGUCAAUUCAAAGUCAGUGGUAAUAAGUUGCUCAAGGCAAAGUCAACAGAUUUAGACCCACAGGCAGUACACAAGAUCUCUGUUAAGGCCAUCGAUUCAGGAAAGCCUCCAAUGUCGGUAACAGCGGAUAUUGUCAUCAGUGUUGUGCCGGUCAAUGAUAAACCAAUAUCUGCUGUCUUCAAGGACUUGAAUGGGCAGCAGAGUUUCCCUGAUAAUCACCCAAAGGUCAAUGAGCGCUCCAUAGUCGGUACAGCCGUUGGUACUGUUCAAGCUCGUGACAUCGACUACAAAGAUCAGUUAAAGUUCUCGCUGGAUGAUGAUGCCAAUGGACAAUUUGCCAUUUCAACUGUUGCUACAUGUACUUUUGCUUCUUCUAGCAUCUGCUCAGCGACUGUCACUGUAGCUAGCCUUGUGGACUUUGAGACUACUCCAACGAAUGCCAUUACUGUCCGUGUCACUGAUACGCAUGGUGCUGUCCUGGUGACUCGCUUCAACAUCACGACCCUGGACGUCAAUGAAGCUCCUACCAGCAUGCAGCUAUCUCAAAGCAAGGUUGCUGAGAAACAAGCAGAUGCUCUAAUUGGAAGUUUUACAGCUACGGACCCAGACCCAGGGCAAACGUUCACAUACACUCUUGUCACAAAUCCAAGUGCUAAGUUCAAGAUUUCUGGCAGUGACCUCCGUACAGCUGUUGGUUUGGAUUUUGAAGCAUCACCAUCAUGGACGAUUCGUGUUCGUGCCACAGACAAUGGUAGUCCGGCACUAAGCUAUGAAAAGAACUUUGUUAUCAAUGUGAUUGAUGUGAAUGAAGCACCAACAUCUGUGCAAUUGGACAAUUAUGUUCUUGACGAAAACAGUCCGUUGGAUACUGUUGUUGGUAGUCUUACAACCUCUGACCCAGACAAUAUCAAUAAACAAUGGCAGACAUUCAGCUACCAAUUCGUUGCCUCAACGAAGGGAAAAUUCAAGAUUGAAGGAAACGAAUUGAAGGUGGACAUGUCGAAUGCUGAUUGUCUCAAGUAUGGCGGACUGUACUGCCAAUUGAACUUUGAAUCAUCACCCAGUGUGACUGUGACGUUGCGGGUCACUGAUAGUGGAUCACCAUCGCUGAGUGCAAUCGUCAAACUCACUAUACAACUGAAGGACAUCAAUGACAAACCAAGGCAACUGACUAUCAGCAAUAGCAUUGUGCAAGAGAAUGAUCCAGCUGGAACAGUGGUUGGAGUAUCCGCUUAUACUGAUGAAGACAAAGGACAGACUCACCAAGUGCAGCUGGUUGAUGAUGAUAAUGGUCAAUUCAAACUCAGUCCUGAUGGUACAAAGUUGCUGAAGGCCAAGUCUACGGAUUAUGAAACCAAGACUGUACACAAAGUCACUGUGAAGGUCACAGACAGUGGAAACCCUGCUAUGUCUAUUAUGCAGACAUUCUCUAUUAGUGUCAUUGAUAUGAAUGAUCAGCCAUACUCCAUAAGCUUCUCAUCGAAAAAUGGAGCAGUGUCGUUUCUUCCGGAUAAUCCAGAACUUCCAGAAAACUCAAAAAUCGGAACUGUUGUUGGUACUAUUCAAGGUACAGAUUUGGAUGCCAACCAGAAGCUCACCAUCUCCCUGGAUAACAAUGCUGGCAAUCGCUUUGCUGUUUCAUCAACAUCAUGUACAUUCACAUCCUCAAGCACAUGCACAGCCAUGGUGACAGUAUCGGGCAGUUUGGAUCAUGAAGACUCGUAUCAACAUCAAGUUGUAGUUCGGUUGACGGAUCCGGGUGGAUUGUUCAAAGUCAAGAAAUUCACCGUCAAGAUAUUGGAUGUCAAUGACCCUCCUACGGAUAUUGUGCUGUCAAACGAUGAUAUAGCAGAGAACAAAGCAAAGAGUCUUGUUGGAGUUCUAACAGCAAAGGAUCCUGAUCUUGGUCAAACUUACACCUACACGCUAGUCAACAAUGCCGGUGGAAAGUUUGUGAUCUCUGGCAAUGAGCUCAGAACAACUGGUGCUCUGGACUAUGAGGCAUCAGCAUCAUUGACUGUUCGUGUUCGUGUGACAGACAGUGGCAGUCCAGCACUAAGCUAUGAGAAGAAUCUUCUUAUCACAGUCAUCGAUGUGAAUGAAACACCUACAAGAGUGCAAUUGUCAAAUUAUCUAAUCAAUGAAAACCCCAAAGUGGAUACUAUCGUAGGAAUGAUUACAACCUCUGACCCGGAUAAUGCCAACAAGGUAUGGCAGACAUUCAGCUACAAACUGAUUGACUCUGCACAAGGGAUUUUCAAGAUUGAAGGAAACCAAGUGAAGGUGGCAAUACCCAAUGUAGAUUGUCUGAAGAACGGUGGGUCCUACUGUCGCCUGAAUUAUGAAUCCUCACCUACUUUCAGUGUCACAGUUCAAGUCACUGAUAGUGGAUCACCCGCGAAGACUGCAACUUUUCCGCUCACCAUCCAACUAAACAACAUCAAUGACCAACCAAGACAACUGACUAUUGGCAAUACAAUUGUGAAAGAGAAUGAUCCAGUUGGUACAGUAGUCGGAGUAUUCGCUUACACUGAUGAAGACAAAGGACAAACUCAUCAAGUCCAGCUUGUUGAUGAUGAUAAUGGUCAAUUCAAACUGAGUGCGGAUGGUACAACAUUGCUGAAGGCCAAGUCUACAGAUUAUGAAACCAAGACUGUACACAAAGUCACUGUGAAGGUCACGGAUAGUGGAAACCCUGCUAUGUCUGUUCAGCGUGAUUUCUACAUCAGUGUAACAGACAAGAAUGAAGUACCACUGCUUCCCGUCUUCAAGGAUACUAACGGACAACAAGUGUUUACAGAUGAUCAUGCUAGUGUGAAUGAGCAUCCCAAAUAUGGCAGUGUUGUUGGCGCAAUCUAUGCAUCAGACCCGGAUUCCAACCAACCACUGAAGCUCACAUUGGAUGACAAUGCACAGGGAAAGUUCUCCAUUGCACCAGUGGCUACUUGCACUUUGGUGUCUGGAAGUAAGUGCACUGCUGCCAUUACCGUGAUUGGUGCACUGGACUAUGAGAUAUCACAGGUCGAGUACAUUGUUGUGAGAGUCACCGACCCACACGGCAAGUUUGUGGCAAGGCGAUUUUCAGUGCAAGUUCUUGAUGUGAAUGAACCGCCAACAAGCAUGCAGCUAUCUCAAAGCAAGGUUGCUGAGAAACAAGCAGAUGCUCUAAUUGGAAGUUUUACAGCUACGGACCCAGACCCAGGGCAAACGUUCACAUACACUCUUGUCACAAACCCAAGUGCUAAGUUCAAGAUUUCUGGCAGUGACCUCCGUACAGCUGUUGAUUUGGAUUUUGAAGCAUCACCAUCAUGGACGAUUCGUGUUCGUGCCACAGACAAUGGUAGUCCGGCACUAAGCUAUGAAAAGAACUUUGUUAUAAAUGUGAUUGAUGUGAAUGAAGCACCAACAUCUGUGCAAUUGGACAAUUAUGUUAUUGACGAAAACAGUCCGUUGGAUACUGUUGUUGGUAGUCUUACAACCUCUGACCCAGACAAUAUCAAUAAACAAUGGCAGACAUUCAGCUACCAAUUCGUUGCCUCAACGAAGGGAAAUUUCAAGAUUGAAGGAAACAAAUUGAAGGUGGCUAUAUCGAAUGCUGAUUGUCUCAAGUAUGGUGGACUGUCAUGCCAAUUUAACUUUGAAUCAUCACCCAGCGUUACUGUGACUCUGCGGGUCACUGAUAGUGGAUCACCAUCGCUGAGUGCAGUCCUCAAACUUACUAUACAACUGAAGGACAUCAAUGACAAACCAAGGCAACUCACUAUCAGCAAUAGCAUUGUGCAAGAGAAUGAUCCAGCUGGUACAGUGGUUGGAGUAUUCGCUUACACUGAUGAAGACAAAGGACAGACGCAUCAAGUGCAGCUUGUUGAUGAUGAUAAUGGUCAAUUCAAACUCAGUGCGGAUGGUACAACAUUGCUGAAGGCCAAGUCUACAGAUUAUGAAACCAAGACUGUGCACAAAGUCACUGUGAAGGUCACAGAUAGUGGACACCCUGCUAUGUCUAUCGUGAAGAAUUUCUCCAUUAGUGUCACUGAUAGGAAUGAUAAACCAUACUCCAUAAGCUUCUCAUCGAAAAAUGGUCCAGCGUCAUUCCCUGUGGACCAUCCAGAACUUCCAGAAAACACCAAACCCGGAACUGUUGUUGGUACUAUUGAAGGUACAGAUUUGGAUGCCAACCCUCAGAAGCUCACCAUCUCUCUGGAUAACAAUGCUGGCAAUCGCUUUGCUGUUUCUUCAACAUCAUGUACAUUUACAUCCUCAAGCACAUGCACAGCAAUGGUGACAGUAUCGGGCAGUUUGGAUCAUGAAGACUCGUAUCAACAUCAAGUUGUAGUUCGGUUGACGGAUCCGGGUGGAUUGUUCAAAGUCAAGAAAUUCACCGUCAAGAUAUUGGAUGUCAAUGACCCUCCUACGGAUAUUGUGUUGUCAAACGAUGAUAUAGCAGAGAAGAAAGCAAAGAGUCUUGUUGGAGUUCUAACCGCUAAGGAUCCUGAUCUUGGUCAAACUUACACCUACACGCUAGUCAACAAUGCCGGUGGAAAGUUUAUGAUCUCUGGCAAUGAGCUCAGAACAACUGGUGCUCUGGACUAUGAGGCAUCACCAUCAUUGACAAUCCGUGUUCGUGUGACAGACAGUGGCAGUCCAGCACUAAGCUAUGAGAAGAAUUUUGUUAUCACAGUUAUCGAUGUGAAUGAAACACCUACAAAAGUGCAAUUGUCAAAUUAUCUAAUCAAUGAAAACCCCAAAGUGGAUACUAUCGUUGGAAUGAUUACAACCUCUGACCCGGAUAAUGCCAACAAGGUAUGGCAGACAUUCAGCUACAAACUGAUUGACUCUGCGCAAGGGAUUUUCAAGAUUGAAGGAAACCAAGUGAAGGUGGCAAUACCCAAUGUAGAUUGUCUGAAGAACGGUGGGUCCUACUGUCGCCUGAAUUAUGAAUCCUCACCUACUUUCAGUGUCACAGUUCAAGUCACUGAUAGUGGAUCACCCGCGAAGACUGCAACUUUUCCGCUCACCAUCCAACUAAACAACAUCAACGACCAGCCAAGGCAACUGACUAUUAGCAAUACAAUCGUGAAAGAGAAUGAUCCAGUUGGUACAGUGGUUGGAGUAUUUGCUUACACUGAUGAAGACAAAGGACAAACUCAUCAAGUUCAACUGGUUGAUGAUGAUAAUGGUCAAUUCAAACUGAGUGCAGAUGGUACAAAGUUGGUGAAGGCCAAGUCUACAGAUUAUGAAACCAAGACUGUACACAAAGUCACUGUGAAGGUCACGGACAGUGGAAACCCUGCUAUGUCUGUUCAGCGUGAUUUCUACAUCAGUGUAACAGACAAGAAUGAAGUACCACUGCUUCCCGUCUUCAAGGAUACUAACGGACAACAAGUGUUUACAGAUGAUCAUGCUAGUGUGAAUGAGCAUGCCAAGUAUGGCAGUGUUGUUGGCACAAUCUAUGCAUCAGACCCGGAUUCCAACCAAACACUGAAGCUCACAUUGGAUGACAAUGCACAGGGAAAGUUCUCCAUUGCACCAGUGGCUACUUGCACUUUUGUGUCUGGAAGUAAGUGCAGUGCAGCCAUUACCGUGAUUGCUACACUGGACUAUGAGAUAUCACAGGUCGAGUACAUUGUUGUGAGAGUCACCGACCCACACGGCAAGUUUGUGGCAAGGCGAUUUUCAGUGCAAGUUCUUGAUGUGAAUGAACCGCCAACAAGCAUGCAGCUAUCUCAAAACAAGGUUGCUGAGAAUCAAGCAGAUGCUCUAAUUGGAAGUUUUACAGCUACGGACCCAGAUCCAGGGCAAACGUUCACAUACACUCUUGUCACAAAUCCAAGUGCUAAGUUCAAGAUUAUCGGCAGUGACCUCCGUACAGCUGUUGGUUUGGAUUUUGAAGCAUCACCAUCAUGGACGAUUCGUGUUCGUGCCACAGACAAUGGUAGUCCGGCACAAAGCUAUGAAAAGAACUUUGUUAUCAAUGUGAUUGAUGUGAAUGAAGCACCAAAAUCUGUGCAAUUGGACAAUUAUGUUCUUGACGAAAACAGUCCGUUGGAUACUGUUGUUGGUAGUCUUACAACCUCUGACCCAGACAAUAUCAAUAAACAAUGGCAGACAUUCAGCUACCAAUUCGUUGCCUCAACGAAGGGAAAUUUCAAGAUCGAAGGAAACACAUUAAAGGUGGACAUGUCGAAUGCUGAUUGUCUCAGGUAUGGCGGACUGUACUGCCAAUUUAACUUUGAAUCAUCACCCAAUGUGAUUGUGACGUUGCGGGUCACUGACAGUGGAUCACCAUCACUGAGUGCAGUCUUCAAACUUACUAUACAACUGAAGGACAUCAAUGACAAACCAAGGCAACUCACUAUCAGCAAUAGCAUUGUGCAAGAGAAUGAUCCAGCUGGAACAGUGGUUGGAGUAUUCGCUUAUACUGAUGAAGACAAAGGACAAACUCAUCAAGUGCAGCUGGUUGAUGAUGAUAAUGGUCAAUUCAAACUCAGUCCUGAUGGUACAAAGUUGCUGAAGGCCAAGUCUACAGAUUAUGAAACCAAGACUGUACACAAAGUCACUGUGAAGGUCACAGACAGUGGAAACCCUGCUAUGUCUAUCGUGAAGAAUUUCUCCAUUAGUGUCACUGAUACGAAUGAUCAACCAUACUCUAUAAGCUUCUCAUCGAAAAAUGGUCCGUCGUCAUUUCCUGUGGAUAAUCCAGAACUCCCGGAAAACACCAAACCCGGAACUGUUGUUGGUACUAUUGAAGGUACAGAUUUGGAUGCCAACCAGAAGCUCACCAUCUCCCUGGAUAACAAUGCUGGCAAUCGCUUUGCUGUUUCUUCAACAUCAUGUACAUUUACAUCAUCAAGCACGUGCACAGCCCUGGUGACUGUAUCAGGCAGUUUGGAUCAUGAAGACUCGUAUCAACAUCAAGUUGUAGUUCGGUUGACGGAUCCGGGUGGAUUGUUCAAAGUCAGGAAAUUCACCGUCAAGAUAUUGGAUGUCAAUGACCCUCCUACGGAUAUUGUGUUGUCAAACGAUGAUAUAGAAGAGAAGAAAGCAAAGAGUCUUGUUGGAGUUCUAACAGCUAAGGAUCCUGAUCUUGGUCAAACUUACACCUACACGCUAGUCAACAAUGCCGGUGGAAAGUUUAUGAUCUCUGGUAAUGAGCUCAGAACAACUGGUGCUCUGGACUAUGAGGCAUCAGCAUCAUUGACAAUUCGUGUUCGUGUGACAGACAGUGGCAGUCCAGCACUAAGCUAUGAGAAGAAUUUUGUUAUCACAGUUAUCGAUGUGAAUGAAACACCUACAAGAGUACAAUUGUCAAAUUAUCUAAUCAAUGAAAACCCCAAAGUGGAUACUGUCGUUGGAACGAUUACAACCUCUGACCCAGAUAAUGCCAACAAGCUAUGGCAGACAUUCAGCUACAAACUGAUUGACUCUGCACAAGGGAUUUUCAAGAUUGAAGGAAACCAAGUGAAGGUGGCAAUACCCAAUGUAGAUUGUCUGAAGAAUGGUGGGUCCUACUGUCGCCUGAAUUAUGAAUCCUCACCUACUGUCAAUGUCACAGUUCAAGUCACUGAUAGUGGAUCACCCGCGGAGACUGCAACAUUUCCGCUCACCAUCCAACUAAACAACAUCAACGACCAGCCAAGACAACUGACUAUCAGUAAUACAAUCGUGCAAGAGAAUGAUCCAGCUGGAACAGUGGUUGGAGCAUUCGCAUAUACUGAUGAAGACAAAGGACAAACUCACCAAGUGCAGCUGCUUGAUGAUGAUAAUGGUCAAUUCAAACUGAGUGCAGACGGUACAAAGUUGGUGAAGGCCAAGUCUACAGAUUAUGAAACCAAGACUGUACACAAAGUCACUGUGAAGGUCACAGACAGUGGAAACCCUGCUAUGUCUAUUCAGCGUGAUUUCUACAUCAGUGUAACAGACAAGAAUGAAGUACCACUGCUUCCCGUCUUCAAGGAUACUAACGGACAACAAGUGUUUGCAGAUGAUCACGCUAGUGUGAAUGAGCAUCCCAAAUAUGGCAGUGUUGUUGGCACAAUCUAUGCAUCAGACCCGGAUUCCAACCAAACACUGAAGUUCACAUUGGAUGACAAUGCGCAGGGAAAGUUCUCCAUUGCACCAGUGGCUACUUGCACUUUUGUGUCUGGAAGUUGGUGCACUGCAGCCAUCACCGUGAUUGGCAGACUGGACUAUGAGAUGUCACAGGUCGAGUACAUUGUUGUGAGAGUCACGGACCCAUACGGCAAGUUUGUGGCAAAGCGAUUCUCAGUGCAAGUUCUUGAUGUGAAUGACCCGCCAACAGAUAUCUCCAUCUCCAAGGAAAGUGUGGCUGAGAACCAAGUCGAUGCUGUGGUGGGAACUUUUACCUGUAAAGAUGUGGAUCCUGGCCAGCAUUGCCAAUACUCUCUUGUAAACACAGCGAGCGGAGUGUUCAAGAUAUCGGGCAACACACUCCGCACAGCUGUUGCUCUGGACUACGAGGCAUCAUCAUCAUGGACAAUCCGUGUUCGUGCAACAGACAAUGGCAGUCCAGCACUAAGCUAUGAGAAGACCUUUGUCAUCAAUGUGAUUGACGUAAAUGAAGCACCUACAUCGGUGAAAUUGUCAAAUGUUGCUAUCAAUGAAAAUUGUCCUCUGGAUACUCUUGUCGGGUAUCUUACAGCUUCUGACCCUGAUAAUUCCAAUAAGCACAGGCAGACAUUCAGCUACACAUUUGGGCCAACGCAAGGACGGUUCAAGAUUGAUGGCAAUGCUGUGAAGGUGGCAAUAUCCAAUGUAGAUUGUCUAAAGUAUGGCGGAUCCUACUGUCGACUGAACUUUGAAUCCUCACCUAGUUUUAGUGUCACCGUCCAUGUUACCGACAGUGGAUCACCACCACUCAGUUCAACUUUCCCGCUUACCUUACACCUAAACAACAUCAACGAUCAGCCAAGGCAUCUUACCAUCGACAAUACCAUUGUAAAAGAGAAUGAUCCAGUUGGUACAGUAGUUGGAAUGUUUGCUUACUCUGAUGAAGACGUAGGACAAACUCAUCAAAUCCAGCUGCUCGUUGAUGACAAUGGACAAUUCAAACUUAGUUCCGAUGGUAAAAAGUUGGUGAAGGCCAAGUCCACAGAUUAUGAGACCAAGUCAGUUCACAACAUUACUGUCAGAGUUACUGAUAAUGGAAGCCCACAAAUGUCGAUCACCCAGACAUUCUCUAUAAGCGUCCGUGAUAUCAAUGAGCCCCCUGUAUUUAUGAGCUUGCUGUCGACUGAUGGCCAACUGUCCUUUCCUGUGGAUCAUCCACAAGUCAAGGAAAACUCUAAAGCUGGAACUAUCAUCGGAAGAAUCCAAGCAACAGACCUGGAUGCCAAUCAGAGGUUGACGUUUUCCUUCGACAGUAAUGCCCAAGGUCGAUUUUCAAUAUCCACAUCAUCGGCAUGUAGUUUUACAUCAUCCAGUAACUGCACCGCGACAGUGAGUGUAUUAGGAAGUUUGGAUUAUGAGAACUCAUAUCAACAUCAAGUUGUAGUUCGGGUGACGGAUCCAAGUGGAAAAUUCAGGGUCAAGAACUUCACCGUGAAGAUAGUAGAUGUCAACGAUCCUCCUACGGAUAUCACGUUAUCAAACGCCUUGAUUGCUGAGAACAAGGCAAAGAGUGUUGUUGGAUUCUUCACUACAACUGAUCAGGACACAAGUCAAAGUUACUCAUACACACUACUAAACAGUGCCAGUGGAAGAUUUGCAAUCUCUGGCGAUGAACUCGUCACUACAGUAGCAGGUCUGAACUAUGAAAAGGCACAAAGUUGGACGGUUCGUGUUCGUGUGACAGACAAUGGCAGUCCAGCACUGAGCUAUGAGAAGAACUUUGUUAUCAAUGUGAUUGAUGUGAAUGAAGCACCAACAUCUGUGCAAUUGGACAAUUAUCAAAUCAAUGAAAACUGUCCAGUGGAUACAGUUGUUGGAAAACUUACAACCUCUGACCCAGAUAAUGCCAACAGACAACGGCAGACAUUCAGCUACACAAUGAUUGACUCAGCUCAGGGGAUAUUCAAGAUCGAAGGAGAUGAUAUCAAGGUUGCUGUGUCAAAUGCAGAUUGCCUGAAGUAUGGUGGUGUGUACUGCCAACUGAAUUAUGAAGGAACGCCUAGCUUCAGUGUUUCAGUCCAGGUCACAGAUAGUGGAUCGCCAUCAGCAAGCGCCAUUUUCAAUCUAACGAUUCAACUGAAGGACAUCAACGAUCAACCAAGGCAGUUCACUAUCAGUAACUCUAUCGUGAAAGAGAAUGACCCAGCUGGAACAGUAGUUGGAGUAUUCGCUUACACUGAUGAAGACAAAGGACAAACUCACCAAGUGCAGCUUGUUGAUGAUGAUAAUGGUCAAUUCAAACUGAGUGCGGAUGGUAAAAGUUUAGUGAAGGCCAAGUCUACAGAUUAUGAAACCAAGACUGUACACAAAGUCACUGUGAAGGUCACCGACAGUGGAAACCCUGCUAUGUCUGUUGAACUUGAGAUCAAUGUGACUGUCACCGACGUGAACGAAAAUCCCAUUUCAGCCGUUUUCACUGACAUGGCGGGUCAGCAAGUCUUCCCUGCCAAUCAUCCUGCAGUCGAUGAGAACUCCCACUAUGGUGCCCCAGUAGGGACGGUGCUGGCACAAGAUCGGGAUGCAAGACAGUCACUAGUGUUCACAUUGGAUGAUGACGCCGGUGGACUGUUUUCAAUUAGCGCCACGCCAGCCUGUAACUUUACAUCAGGCAGUACAUGCCGUGCCCAGGUCUUUGUGAUUGGUAGUCUGGAUCACGAGCUGGCGUCUGUUCACUACAUAUCAGUUCGUGUCCGUGAUCCGUUUGGCCUCGUCCGAGUUCAGCGUUUUCCCAUCCGUGUACUGGAUGUAAAUGACCCGCCGGAGAACAUCACACUGUCCAAUCAGCGUGUGCUUGAGAACAUUGUCGACCCAUUCAUUGGUACGUUUGUGCCUACGGAUGAUGACCCCAGUCAAUCAUUCACCUACAAGCUGGUUAGCCAAGGAACUGACUCAUUUGUGAUCAUUGGAAAUCAGCUGCACUACAUAGGAGAAUUUAACUACGAAGAGUCAUCAUCCUGGACAAUCCGUGUCCGUGUGACCGACAAUGGCAGCCCAGCACUAAGCUACGAGAAGAACUUUGUCAUUACGGUGGUCGAUGUGAACGAAACACCUACGUCAGUGCAUUUGUCCAACUCCAAAAUUCCUGAAAACUGUCCUGCGGACACUAUUGUUGGUGAUCUUUCAACCCUCGACCCAGACAAUACCAAUAAAGCAUGGCAGACGUUUCAAUACUCAUUGGUUGACACUGCUGGCGGUCGAUUUCUAUUGGAUGGAAAGACUCUCAAGGUUCGCCCGUCGAAUGUGGCAUGCUUAGCCCUGGGAGGUACAGCGUGUUGGCUGAACUAUGAACAUAAACCCUACUACACUGUUCUUGUAAGAGCCACGGACUCGGGCACUCCACCACGUUCAGCUGAUUUCUCUGUUAACAUCACCCUGAAAGAUGUCAAUGAUAGACCGCGGAACCUGCGAAUCAGUGACUAUCGAGUGCAUGAGAAUCAACCUGUCGGCACUGCCAUUGGGACAUUCAGUGGAUUUGAUGAAGAUUCCAAGCAAUACCUGUCAUUCUUCUUGACAGACGAUGAUGGAGGAAGGUUCAAGAUUGUCGGCAGUGAACUACAAAAGGCUUUGCCUGCAAACUUUGAAAUUUCCAAGAAACAUUACAUCACCGUGCUGAUGAAGGAUGACGGUACACCUAGUUUGAAUAUCACCAAAACGUUCUUGAUUGAAGUGCUGGAUGUCCAUGAAGCUCCGGUGUACAUGAACUGCACCGACACAGAUGGACAGCUGACUUUUGUUAUGGACAUGCCCGAAGUUGAGGAGAACAGCGUAAUUAGCACGGUUGUGGGCACAAUCGUGGCUGUGGAUCCUGAUUACAACCAAACUCUGACAUUCACACUGGAUGAUGAUGCCUCCGGGCUGUUGGCACUUAGCUCUUCUGUCUCCUGCCAAAGGGUCACAGAUAUCAACGGUCACCAUUCUUCCUGUCAGACGCAGCUGCUUGUAGCUGGCGCAUUGAACUAUGAAUCAGUGAAGACACAUGAUGUUGUUGUGCGAGUAACUGACCAGUCAGGUCAUUUCAACGUGCAGAGGUUCACGGUCAAGGUGGUUGACGCCAACGAUGUGCCACACGACAUUGAAAUCCUCUCGAGGACUAUUGAUGAGAACUCACAGAUGGUGUACAUCACAGACUUUGUAACGCAGGACCAGGACAAGACGCACAUUCACACGUACAGCCUCGCCUCUAACCCGGGCAAUCAGUUUGUCAUUGUCAACAACAGCCUAUACACAGCUGCAAUAGCCACUCUAAACUAUGAGAAACAGCAACAAUGGACGAUCAAAGUGCGAUCCACUGACAACGGUAUUCCAGCUAAGAACAUCGAGAAGGCGUUUGUCAUUGAUGUGGUGGAUGUGAAUGAAGCCCCAACUGCUAUCAACAUCACUGGCUUCACGGUUUUGGAAAAUAGUCCAAACGGAACCGUGAUUGGCGAGCUUCUUGUCACGGAUCCGGAUAACUUUGGCCCGAAGGGACACUGGCAGAAUGCUUCAUGCUCUGCCAUGGACAAUGCUGGAGGGAUAUUCACCAUAGUCGACAAUAUCGUGAAGGUUGUGCAAGCCAGUCUGGAUUAUGAAGCUGUUCAAAACUACACGAUUGCUGUACGCUGCACUGAUGAUGGUGCACCCACAUUAUCACUGUCCUGGGUGUUCAGUGUACAUGUAUUGAAUGCCAAUGAGAUACCCACAUCAACUAGCAUUAGCAAUGAUACCCUAGAUGAGAAUGCUCCCAAUGGAACGGUUGUUGGAAUCUUCAGCACAGUCGAUCCCGACAAUGAGCAUGCCACAGUACAGUCCUUCACGUACAGCAUUGUACAUGCAAUGACCAAUCUUCCGUUUGUGAUCGUUGGCGAUGAGCUGAUUGUCGCUGGAUCGCUUGACUAUGAAGUCAGAGCUGCUUGGCCUAUAACAGUUGAGUCCACCGAUUCUGGUGGGUUGUCCACGCUGAACGUAUUCCAGAUCAAUGUUAACAACCUGAACGAACCACCGACAGGAUUCAGGUUGUUUCCUGGCAGCAACCUAGCGGAGGAUAGUCCAGUCGGGACAGACGUUGCUGACGUCCUUGCUGUGGAUGAUGAUGACAGUGAUUUGCACACGUUUGAAGUUCUUGGAGUUGCUCCUGGUAUUUUGCUAAAUUCGUCGUCCAUGGAUCCAAGUCUAUCCGAUAUGUUUGUGAUCAAUGAAACGAACGGCGUGCUGUCAACUGGGAACUACAGCUUUGAUUACGAGACCACAUCAAGUUACACUGUGUGGAUUAGGACAAGUGACCUUGGCCUCACACCCAGCUACGAUUUUGUGGACAUCAUCAUAGUGAAUAUCAGUGAUGUCAACGAAGCACCGAGUGACAUCACCUUGGAUAAUGACGAGGUGGACGAGAAUAGCCGGGUUGGAGCUCUGGUUGGGCAUCUGACUGUUACAGAUCCGGACAAUGCUGACAGCCUCCAUACCAGUUCUCAACACUUCAGCUGUAGUGUACUCGAUGCCAAGUCACGAUCCUUCAAGGUUGUAAAUCUGACUACGCUGGUGGUUUCGAAGGACAACCUGGACUUUGAAAAUGACCCUACGCAUUUCAUUGAGAUUCAAUGCUGGGAUAAUGAUAAGGUCAAUCCUCUCUUCAUGAACAAGCAGUUCACCAUCACACUGAAGAAUGUCAAUGAAGCACCCACCAUGAUUAUGUUGUCUAACACCCGUGUUGCUGAAAGGCUUGGACCCCAUGCACAGCUCGGCACAGUGUCUGCUAAAGAUCCGGACAACGAAGUUACCCACCGCCAGAACAUCACAUUUACAUUACAAGAUCAGAAUACCACAGAUGUGCCAUUAGUACUGGUCUAUAAUCACAUUCUGGAGACUACAAUGAACUUGGAUUUUGAGAGCAGGCGUUUGUACACGCUGACUGUGAUUGCUACUGAUGAUGGAAAUCCUGUUUUAUCUAGUCGAAAACAAUUCAAUGUCUCGGUUAUCAAUGAGAAUGAUCCGCCAACUGAAGUUGUGCUGAACAGCACCGGUGUUGCAGAGGACUCACCGCUCGGUACUGACAUCGGUACAUUGUCAACUAAGGAUGGUGAUAUUGGCCAGACAUACACGUACACUGUUCUGCCCUACCUGAACAUCACGGAUAGCUCUAUGUUUGGUAUCCAUGGCAAUACCUUAAUCCUACUGAGGAGGUUGGACUAUGAAAGUGAAGACUCAUGGCCUGUCUUGAUACAAACAGAGGACAGUGGUUUUCCUAGACUCACCCAUCGUAAUGUUGUGUACGUCAACGUCAUUGAUGUAAAUGAGCCACCUAGUGAGAUUGAUAUGGACUACCAGCCAACACUUGAAGAGAGCAUCAGCCCUGGAACUCUUGUAGCCAAUUUCACUGUUAUGGACCCAGAUGUAAACCAAACCCAUACGUGCCACAUAACGGAGGGUGAAAGUAGCUUCAUUAUCAGCAGUGGAUCUACAGCGUCCGGCGGGGAAGCCUUCACGAUUUUGAUCUCUGACAAGACAACUCUGGAUUAUGAGGCUGGCACGACAGUGUAUGUGAAAAUCAAUUGCUCCGAUGACGGCAUGCCAUCAUUGUCAAUUUCCAGAACAAUUGCCUUCACUGUGGAAGAUGUCAACGAGCAGCCCACGGGUAUCCUGAUCUCCGGAAAUCACGCAGUUCCCGAGAACUCACCACCUGGAUAUGCUGUGGGGACAUUAUCUACUGUUGACCCUGACAUGGGACAGAUCUAUACGUACAUCCUCAUUGGAGAUGCGGUGAAAACAUUCAUGAUCAUUGAUGCAUCGAAUGAACUUGUUGUCAAAAACAACACUUUACUCAACUAUGAGGAAAACACUCAGAUCACUGUUACAGUUCAGACUACUGACAAUGGCGUACCUGCCCGCUCUUUCAUCCACUCAAUCAACAUCAGCAUCAGUGACAUCAACGAACCCCCAACCAACAUACGCCUUCUUGGCAGUGGAGAACUGAAAGAGGAUGCGGCCAAUGGAGACAUACUGGGACGUUUGACUUGUGAUAAUCCAGAGAAAGCCCAGACACUGUCAUACACGAUCGACUCUCCAACGCUGCAGGUUUCUCAAACUAUGUUCUCCGUGUACACAAAUGCAUCAGGAGCGUUUGUGCAGCUUGUGAACAACACGGAUAUGGCAGGCACUAGUAUACUAGCGUUUGUUGUUAAUGUUACUGACAAUGGGCACCCGCCAGAGUCAGGUCUGCAAAUGAUCGCAGUAAAACUGAUUAAGCUUGACCCAUGUGCCCAGGGCACUCGCAAUUGUGGCAGUGGCGCAUACUGCCAGCGUGUUAAUAUGUCAUCGGCACUUUGUCCUUGCAAGUCGGGAUUUGUUCCUAGCUCCAUUCCCGACUCGUGUAUGCAACGUGACGACUGCAUUGCCAUGUCUGGGGAGGCGAUUAUACUGUUAAGCCAUGGUGCAGCCUCUGGAUCACUACCACCAGCAGCAGCAGUGUCCUCCACACCAGUGUCAGUAUGUGAAAACAAUGCAACGUGCAUGGACUUGACGAACGACUAUGUGUGUAGCUGUACUCCUGGCUUUACGGGACAGAACUGCGAGAUCAGAUUUGACCGGUGCACACUACAGCCAGGCCUUUGCCAGCAUAACGGUACCUGUGUGGACAGCUCACCUAACACUGGCCUAAGUUGUGUGUGCCCCAUCGGAUAUAACGGAAGUCAUUGCGAUGUGAAUCCAGAUGAUUGUCCAGGUGCCGUUUGUGGAGUAGGUACUUGCGUUGAUGGCCUAGCCAUGUUCACAUGCACAUGUCCUCCGUCAAGGACCGGCCGCAUCUGUCAGUAUGCAAGCGGAGCCUGUGAUAGUGCACUCUGCACUGGAUCUGAUCAGUGUAUUCCGCGCUCUUUGGACGAUACAUCACUGAUAACUGUCAGCUCUUCAGAAAAGACCCAGUACAUGUGUGUUCCUCCGUCGUUUAUUGUCAAUGAUCGUUUCCACACCGAUAGUGCACUAACCGACACGGACAGAGAGAAAUGGGAAGAUACUGUACGUGGCAUUAAGAUCAUGGAUGCAGAUGGCAAAUAUAUAUCUCCAGAUGACAUCAUUAUCUUACCAGCAGCUACUGAUGAUGAGAUCAGCUAUGUAGUCCUAUUGGAUGAUGCUCCUGUAGACCCGUACACAGUGAAGCAUGCCAUGAAUACCACUUGCCAUCCGCAUGAGCAUGCACUAGCCCAGAGACUUGCCCGGCUCUGCACCGACUUGGUGCAAGACGCUGUGGAGCCACAGAGCCAGGCCGCAUCACAAGCAUCUGAGCAAUCUGAUCAUCCGUACCUUGUUUGGGGCAUUGUCAGCGGUCUCUUACUGGCAGCUCUUCUGAUCUUGAUUUUAGUGACCAUCAAAGUGCAACACACCAAGAAACUCUUAGGCCAGAGCAAACAACGAGAGCGACGUCUCCAGGCCCCAGUAGACGACAGCGAUGCUCUGGCUGCGGAGUUCAUGUUUGACGGCUACACCGACUAUGUGUACUCAGGUGGCGACCGUCACUUCUCUCGCAAUCCGCUCUACUAUGAUCCAGCGCUUGCCGUGAAUGGCGAAGAUCCUGAUGGCCAGGGCAGUACAAUGGUUACCUCCUCGGUUUAUGAUGCUUUUCAACCAAGCAAGGGAGACAUGAAUGACCAGGGAUCUCAAGCAAGCAUUUAUGCCACUCUGGAGCAUGUUGGUGGAGAGGAAGGAGUAAAUGAACUCUAUUCAGAACUUCAGAAUUCUGCGUCCUCUCCGUUCCCAGGUGGAGCCAUUGGCAUGACCAAUCCAGUGUACGAAGGUUUCCGUGACGAGCCUGAAUACACUACGGCCGCUGAGGACUACAGCGCGCUCUCUUUUGAUGACGGACGCAAAAUGCCUGCUGCUGUUGUUGAUACUUCUACUGCCACCACCACUACCGGCACUGCUCGCGGCGUGUCUGCUGCUAAUGUUGAUACUGGUGCUGACUACAGCGCACUGGAAUUUGGUGGAACCACUCCGACCAAUCAGACUGCAGCAAACUCAACUGCCGGUACGAACAAUGACUACAGUACUAUCCGUGAAGCCAAAUCAUCUGCAGCAGGCGCAGCACGUUCAUCCAGCUACAGCACGCUAGACUUUGGAAAACGCCCAAGUCACACGUCGAAAAGCCGUGCGUUCAGCACCACUCGACCGGCUGAUCCAUUCAAUGAGACCGGUGAAUCUUCCCUACAAACAACACAGCAGCGUAGAGACCGCAAAGCUGCUCAACCCCCUACUAACCUUGGUGAUAGUAAGAAGCAGGUUCAGAUUGCCAAUCUCAUCGACAGUAUUGACUGGCCUGAAAUGUCCUGAACAACGGAAUACUGAUUUGGAUUGCACUUAUAUUGUCCAUAAUGGAGUUGACCGACACUCACCUGUUUUGCCUGUUUCGAUAGUCCAUUGAAUCCUUUGGGCACUGGCAAUAUGAUUAUCGUGAUGACAUUCAUUUGAGUACUGGGUCGUUUUUUUUCUUUUUUUCCUCUUCACUAAAAUAUUCUCUCAAAUUUUUGUUGUCAUCGUUUAUCACAAGUACUUUCUCUCUCUUGAGACAAAAAGGUUCCGUUUUCGCAAUAGUGGAUAGUAGAUGACUCAUCUGACCAGAAUUGCUCUGAAUACUCCUGGAUAUGGAACGGGGAACUGUCUUCUUUUGCGUUUUGUGUCUCCUCUCCUAACUUAUCUAUUCUCUCAAAAUUCUCACUCUUAGUGGCGUUAGUUUUACUGCAUUUCCGCACAAAGCCACUCUCCACUAUUCCCAGUGGUUGUGGCAAGCAGUUGCUGAAUACUCAUAUCUCGUCGACAAGAACGUUCCUGAAAAACGGAAUAGCAGACUAUGUGCUUUGAGCAUGAUUUAGCUCGGAUCUUCACAGCACUUCUCUUGUCACCACAACAUUUUGGGCAUGCAUUUUUCUAGUUCACGUUUUGUCUUACAAAUUCAGGAGCGAGAUGUCCAACUUGAAUUCAACAGUUUCAA